AUGAAUGCUGUGCAAUGUCCCGAGGGGCAGGAACUACAAAAGCUGGGGAGCGGAGCCUGGGACAACCCCGCCUACAUUGGCGCCCCCUCCCUGCGUGGGACACCAAGGAUCUGUACCAUCUCCAGUGAGGUGCCUCCUCCAUCCCAACCCAAGAAGCCUGAAGAUGGACCCCAGGAGAAGGCACACAAGACCCUGGUGUCCAGUUGCUGCCUUCAGAUCUGUCGUGGCAUCAGAGGACUUUGGGGAACAACCUUGACUGAGAACACAGCUGAGAACCAGGAACUUUAUGUCAAGACCACCCUGCGGGAGCUUUUGGUGUACAUCGUGUUCCUGGUGGACAUUUGUUUCUUGACCUAUGGAAUGACAAGCUCCAGCGCCUAUUACUACACCAAAGUGAGGUCUGAGCUCUUCUUACAUACCCCAUCAGACACUGGAGUCUCCUUCCAGGCCAUCAGCAGCAUGGCCGACUUCUGGGAUUUUGCCCAGGGCCCACUACUGGACAGUUUGUAUUGGACCAAAUGGUACAACAACCAGAGCCUGGGCCGCGGCUCCCACUCCUUCAUCUCCUAUGAGAACCUGCUGCUGGGGGCUCCGAGGCUGUGGCAGCUGAGGGUGCGCAAUGACUCCUGAGUGGUGCACGAGGACUUCCACGAGGACAUUCUGAGCUGCCACGACGUCUACUCCCCAGACAAAGAAGAACAGCUCCCCUUUGGUCUCCUCAAUGGCAUAGCAUAGACCUACCACUCGCAGUAUGAGCUGGGGGGCUCCUCUCACUGGGGCCAGCUCACAAGCUACAGCGGAGGUGGCUACCACCUGGACCUUCCAGGAUCUCGACAGGCUAGUGCAGAGGCACUCAGGGACCUUCAGGAGGGCCUGUGGCUGGACAGGGGCAGUCGAGUGGUCUUCAUUGACUUCUCAGUCUACAAUGCCAACAUUAAUCUUUUCUGUGUUCUGAGACUGGUGGUGGAGUUUCCAGCUACAGGAGGUACCAUCCCAUCCUGGCAAAUCUGCACAGUUAAGCUGAUCCGCUGUGUCGGCAACUGGGACUUCUUUAUCAUUGGCUGUGAGAUCAUCUUCUGCAUCUUCAUCUUCUACUACGUAGUGGAGGAGAGCCUGGAGCUCCACAUCCACCGGCUUCGUUACCUCAGCAGCAUCUGGAACAUUCUGGACCUGUUGGUCAUCUUGCUCUCCAUCGUGGAUGUGGGCUUCCACAUAUUCCGAACCCUUGAGGUGAAUCGGCUGAUGGGGAAGCUUCUGCAGCAGCCAAACACGUAUACUGACUUUGAGUUCCUCGCCUUCUGGCAGACACAAUACAACAUGAACGCUGUCAACCUCUUCUUUGCCUGGAUCAAGAUAUUCAAGUACAUCAGCUUCAGUAAGACCAUGACCCAGCUCUCCUCCACGCUGGCCCGCUGUGCCAAGGACAUCCUGGGCUUCGCCGUCAUGUUCUUCAUCGUGUUUUUUGCCUACGCCCAGCUGGGCUACCUGCUUUUUGGGACCCAAGUGGAAAGCUUCAACACUUUCAUCAAGUGCAUUUUCACUCAGUUCCGGAUCAUCCUUGGGGAUUUUGACUACAAUGCUAUCAACAACGCCAACCGCAUCCUGGGACCAGCCUACUUUUUCACCUAUGUCUUCUUCGUCUUCUUUGUGCUCCUCAAUAUGUUUCUGGCCAUCAUCAAUGACACAUACUCAGAGGUCAAAGAGGAGUUGGCUGGACAGAAGGAUGAGCUACAGCUUUCGGACCUCCUGAAACAGGGCUACAACAAGGCCCUCCUGAGGCUGCAUCUGAGGAAGGAGCAGGUUUCAGACGUGCAGAAGGUCCUGCAGGGUGGGGAGCAGAAGAUCCAGUUUGAGGAUUUCACCAACACCUUGAAGGAGCUGGGGCACAUAGAGCAUGAGAUCACUGAGCUCACGGCUGCCUUCACCAGGUUUGACUAAGAUGGGAAUCACAUCCUGGAUGAGAAAGAGCAGGAAGAAAUGCGGCAGGACCUGGAGGAGGAAAGGGUGGCCCUCACCGCUGAGACUGAGAACCUGCACCGGUCCAGUGUGAGUAGCCCACCAGGCGAGUCGAGUCCAGAGGCUGCCAAAGCAGGUGGCUGGGUUUCAGGAGAAGAAUUCUACAUGCUCACAAGGAGAGUUGUGCAGCUGGAGACUGUCCUGGAAGGAGUCAUGACCCAGAUUGAUGCCAUGGGCUCAAAGCUGGCGACGCUGGAGAAGAAAGGGCAGCUGGCUCCCUUUCCAGGCAUGCGGGAACAAGGCAUUUGGGAGCACCUGCAGGCAGCCCCAGCUGUGACUCCAGCCCCCUGGGGACUCCAGGGCGGGCAGGAGAGUGGUGGGGGAGGGGUCCUAAAGCAUCAGACAGCAGGCUCCUCUGUCACCACCUCCCCAUAAGCCCCCUCAGCACACGCCCUCCACUUCUAGGGCAGCGGGUCCCACCACUGCUGCUGCUGAGUCCCGCCCUGUGCCUGGCCUUCUGAGCCAACGUUUCUGUGUGUAACUCUGUGAAAUACCUCCCACUGGGCCUCUCACUCCCUGUGCUCUGAACUCUGCUGUGAUGAUUUUUUUUAAAGUCAAUAAAAAAUAAUAAAGGAAAGGAGGGUAAUAACUUUCCUAAGCAUCUCGAUAGCCAUGAUUUGUGAAAAAAGUAGAAGCUGAGAGAACAGCAAUAUCUAGAUGUCUUCCUACUUGCCAGUGAACCUUUUCCUCUGUGCAUCUAGAGAUCUACUGCCAGUACCCAUGGGGUUCAUGUCUUCCCUAUAGGGUUUCCCUGUGAAAGAGAAGGGGAAGCCAGAGAGGACACUUUCUCUUGUGGGGAGAGUACAAUGUUGCAGAGGAGUUGGAGUGGUGACCUCCCCUAGCCUUCCCCAGCAAAGUCCAGGAAGAUGGGCUUCCCUGGUGGCGCAGUGGUUGAGAGUCUGCCUGCCGAUGCAGGGGACACGGGUUCGUGCCCCGGUCCGGGAAGAUCCCACAUGCCGCGGAGCGGCUAGGCCCGUGAGCCAUGGCCGCUGAGCCUGCGCAUCCGGAGCCUGUGCUCCGCAACAGGAGAGGCCACAGCAGUGAGAGGCCCGCGUACCGCAAAAAAAAAAAAAAAAAAGUCCAGGAAGACUCAGUGGAAGAGCCUACCUCCAGACAUGUCACUGAACACUGAGGGGGCUGUAAACCAGGACAGAGAUGGAGCCUGAGGAGAAGCUGGCAAAGAAAUGACCUCAGGAUUCCGAGAUAUUUGGAUAAAAUGUGGGGGACUCUGACUCUCUUCCAUAGGACAAUGUGGGUUUGCCUGGUGAUUAUCAAUAAAAAUCCUUA